GGACGGCUUAGAAGGAUGGCACCAACAGCGACUCUCAUAGAUAAAACGAUCCCCUGCUCCUCCGAUGCGCUCGCCUGCCAAACGAAACGCGAGAGGAACGAGGGGAGACGAGCGCGCUUGGAGGCCUCCUCCAUGGAGGCGCAAGAUGAGUUACGAGGGCGAGGCGAGAAGGUUUUGAAGUUAUUCGGCGUCAGGAUUCUCGGAGGAGAAGGGGAAGGUAUGGGUGAGGAGGAGGAGGAGGAGGAGGAGAUGGAGGAGGACAUGAUGAGGAAAAGCUCCAGCAUGGGCAACCUGGUUUCGUGCACCGCCACUGCAUCGGCCGCCAAUCGUGUCCUCGUCGAUCAUGGGUACCACUCCGACGGCGGCCUCCUCCCAUCCCCGAGCGGGUUGACGAAGAAAAGCCACGAGAGAAAGAGGGGGAUCCCUUGGACAGAGGAGGAGCACAGAACCUUCCUAUUUGGGCUCCAAACACUUGGGAAGGGAGAUUGGAGAGGGAUUUCUAGACAAUUCGUCACGACUAGAACUCCAACCCAAGUUGCUAGCCAUGCUCAGAAGUAUUUCAUCAGGCAGAGUAAUCCUGGAAAAAAGAAGCGCCGAUGCAGCCUCUUUGAUGUUGUGGUCAAUGAUAAAGUUCUUGUCACUAAUGAAGUUCAAGAUAGUCAUCUCAGCCGGGACAAUAACUCUGUAAGUUUCUCAAAUAACUGGUUAAUUGGCUCGACUUCUAUAGCCGGAGGAGGGACUUCUUCAGACUUUCAAAAUGUUACAAAUCAAAGUGGCAUGACCAAUCUCCCUAAUCCUAGUCCCACGGUUGUUGUCGACAUACCAACUCAAAUGUCUCCACAUCUCAUCGAAUUGUCUUUGUCCUACCCGACGGUUCAAAUUCAAUCUUCAUCGAUCAUCCCAACAGGGGCCACUGAUUUGGAGCUCAGGAUUGCGCCCCCUCUGCCUCAUGACCUCUCUAAAGUACCUGCUCAGACUGCUGCUGGUGCGAUAAGAGUCGUCUAAUGAGUUAUUAUCUACUUGUUCGCCCUGUUUUAUUUCUGGUACAUUGAUACAUCUGCUAUAUAACUCUGCAAUAAUUGGAAGUGGCAUUUCUCUCUUUCUUCUACCUGUGGAACAUCACUACAAUAAAUGGAGUUGUAAUUUACUUUGGUAUUCCUCCAUCAUAUUAGAAAAGGAUGAGUAGUUGCUUUUU